AUGGAAGCCGAAAUCAGGGCCCAAAUCCCGAGCAUCGACCCCGUCCUGGCCGAUUACUCCGCUGGAUAUCUGACCCAUGCCGCCAACACUUUCACCUCGGAUGCGGAUCCCUCUGCCCCCUCCCCCUUGGAAGAAGCCGCUGCUGCCGUAGCCGCCCUCCUCCUCUCUGCAUCAGGUGACCUCUCUCCCCAAAAUGAGGCUACUAUCAACAACCUCGUCGAGAAGUUCAUCUCCCGCCUGAAUGCUGCCAAUGGUACCAAUGGCGAGCGCCGCCAGAUGGCGCCGGCUGCCAAGAAGCUCGAUCAGGCCAUCCACAUGGGCUCUCAGCGGAACAUAUCCUCCACCCUGGGGCUUGCCGGCGGAUCCGUGGAUCUGGAGCAGGCAGGUGCCCGCAAGGUGGAGUCCCGCGUCGACCGUAAGAAGUUGGAGAAGGCUGAGCGGAAGCUCCGUGCCAAGCAGGACCGCAAAGAGUUCAAGAACGUGGAAUAUGAAGCGUCCAGAUUGCUCAACCAGCCUACCGAGACGCAAAGCUAUGAGGAAUUCUACAUGGCCGUCAACCCCUUGCAAUUGGGCUCCGAAUCCAGCUCCAAGAGCAAGGACAUCAAGAUCGAUAGCUUUGAUGUUUCCAUUAGUGGGAAGCGGAUCCUUACAGACAGCACCCUCACCUUGGCUUAUGGUCAUCGUUAUGGUCUGGUUGGUCAAAACGGUAUAGGAAAGUCGACUUUGCUCAGGGCUCUUAGCCGUCGUGAGGUCCCCAUUCCUACGCAUAUUUCGAUCCUUCACGUCGAGCAAGAGAUCACUGGCGAUGACACGCCUGCCAUUCAGGCCGUCCUGGACGCCGACGUCUGGCGCAAACACCUCCUAAAGGAGCAAGAUAAAAUCACUCAAGAACUCGCAGAGCUUGAGACCCAGCGAGCAACCUUGGCGGAUACAUCGGCGGAUGCUGCGAAGCUCGACAAACAGAGAGAAGGUCUAGACAUCACCCUCAGCGACAUCCACGCCAAGCUUGCCGAGAUGGAGUCUGACAAGGCCGAGUCAAGAGCUGCCAGCAUCUUGGCCGGCCUCGGAUUCUCCCCCGAGCGCCAACAGUUUGCAACAAAGACGUUCUCUGGCGGUUGGAGGAUGAGAUUGGCGCUUGCCCGAGCUCUAUUCUGCGAGCCAGAUCUGCUGCUCCUCGACGAACCUUCCAACAUGUUGGACGUCCCGUCCAUCACUUUCUUGGCCAACUACCUUCAAGAGUACCCCAGCACUGUGCUCGUCGUCUCCCACGACAGAGCUUUCUUGAACGAAGUGGCUACAGACAUCAUUCAUCAACAUUCGGAGCGACUCGAUUACUACAAGGGUGCUAACUUUGACUCUUUCUAUGCGACGAAGGAAGAGAGAAGGAAGACGGCGAAGCGUGAAUACGAGAAUCAAAUGGCGCAGCGUGCCCACUUGCAAGCUUUCAUCGACAAGUUCAGAUACAAUGCUGCUAAAUCGUCGGAGGCUCAAUCUAGGAUCAAGAAGCUCGAGAGGAUGCCGGUCCUCCAGCCACCGGAGGCGGAGUAUACUGUGCACUUCAAGUUCCCAGAGGUGGAGAAGCUCACUCCCCCUAUUAUACAGAUGAGCAACGUUAGUUUUGGCUACACCAAGGACAAGAUCCUGCUCAAGAAUGUCGACCUUGACGUUCAGCUCGACUCGCGUAUUGGCAUCGUCGGCCCCAAUGGAGCUGGUAAAACGACAGCCUUGAAACUCCUCAUCGGAGCUCUGCAGCCAACAUCUGGCAUCAUUUCCCAGAAUCCCCGCCUGAGGUUGGGCUUCUUCGCGCAGCACCACGUCGAUGCACUCAAUCUGAAUGACAGCGCCGUCGGCUUCCUAUCCAAGAAGUUUCCAGGCAAAUCCGACGAGGAGUAUCGCCGACACCUGGGAGCCUUCGGUAUCACUGGCAUGACGGGCCUACAAAAGAUGGCACUACUCUCUGGAGGCCAAAAGUCACGCGUCGCCUUUGCCAUGCUGUCCCUCUCGAACCCGCACAUCCUCGUGCUCGACGAGCCCUCCAACCACUUGGAUAUUGAGGCCAUGGAUGCGCUGUCCGAGGCGUUGCAGAAGUUCCAGGGCGGUGUACUCAUGGUUAGUCACGACGUGACCAUGUUGCAAAAUGUGUGUACGAGCUUGUGGGUCUGUGACAAUGGGACCAUUGAGCACUUUGAUGGCACGGUUAAGGACUAUAAGCGGAGAAUUACAGCGCAGGCCAAUGCGGCGGGAGUGACACAAGACUCUACUGCAAACGGCUCGUCCGUAGUCACUCCUUUACAGUCCGACAAUCGCGACCGUGAUAUCCCUCGCCCGCCUUACACAGUCACUGCAACAGCCGACGAUCGUCCCUCGCUGACUACGACCGCCGAAUCCCCCUACCCCCCUCCCUUCUCCUCCCUCUACUUUCCGCCGCACCACCACGACCACCGAGACUCCUGCGAGCAUUGCGAAACAGGCUCGCAGCCCGAUUCUCCUCCCGCAUUCUCGCCCGCCCCACCCUCCAGUGAGCCUUCGUCUUCCGCUGCAGCCAACGCCGUCGCCGAGACCAAAGCGGCACUUCCGCGUGAUACCAAGGACCGCUCCACCAGCAAGGACCUCGACGACGGAGAACCGCCGCCCCCCUAUAGUGAGGGUUCAAGCCCACUCCAGUCUUUUACCUACGUGAUGGCGUCCGCAGGAGGGCCCGCGAGUAUCAUAACUCAAGUGUCACAGCACAGCGCCGGGCCACCGAUCAACACUCUUGGCGGAUCCGAUGAGAACAUUACCUUGGAACUAAGAGGGACUCGAUUCACGCUAUCCCGAGACGAGCUACUCACUCUUCCGGAGUUCGUCUUAUUAUCCUUAUUCCCAAAUGGGCUUCUUCCAGAUGGCCACAUGCACUCGUUCCACGAUGGCGGUGAUGUGUAUCCAGUAGAUGUUGGUAGCACCCUUUCCUUCUUCCCAUGUCCCUACGAUCCGCAGUCUUUGCAGUAUAUGUUGGACUUUUUCCGCAAUGUCGCCCAGACGAUCCCUACCUCCCCGCCUUCACCGACCGCAAACUCAGAGCAUCAAGCCGAAGCGGUUCCGAUUGAGCCCAUGCAUGGGCACCCCAGGGAUAUGCUACAGGACAGAGCAGGUAUCAUUGUGCUCCGGGAAGAUCUCGAUUUCUACGCCAUCCCGCCGCGACGUGAUAUCGAGGCCCCGGAGAUGAUCGAAAUCAAGCGUGCAGCGGGUGAGGCCCUGUUGAAGCAGAACGGUAUCUUCUCGGGGCUGAGGAAGAGCGAGGAACCCGGAACGACGGAGCAACAUCUGAUUGAGAUGUUGACAGCAGGCGGUUUCAAUCACGAUGACCGGUGGGGCCACCGCGCCGGCGAGCCCAACAAAGCCGUCAUCUGCAGCAUAGCGCUUGCCCGUCUCCGCACCGACAUCAAAGGUAAUGAUCUAGCCAACAGCAACGCCGUGGGCAUGGCCCAGAAGCUUCUCCUGUUUUGGCGGAAGCCUGCCCGUCGGUGUUGGUGGGAGGGUGUCGAGCUGGAGAAUGUAAGGGGUGUGGAGGGGAAGCUAAAAGUGUGGAUUCGUCGGGUGUGGACCCUUGAGAUGACGCUGGACCAAUUUCCAGAUGGGAACCUGGAGCGCAUCUGGUUCUUGCCAGUGUGA